AUGCUGACACCGGCAACGGGCAACAAGCAGCCCCCCUCGCCUGCGGAAGCCACAUUGUCAACGUGUGACGCGACUGUGACGCCGAACGAUUUCCUCGCACGCGAUGCGCCUGCGGCGGAAGCGAUGCGGCAUCUCUCGGCUCCGCGUGCCGUGAAGCAGGCUGGACUCAAUGGCGUGAUGGCGGAAAUCGUCGUCGCUCGCUGCGUCUUCCGGCACCUCGACCUGUACUCGGCUGGCGCGCUCUGUGUUGCUUCCAUGGAGUGCGGAAAAACCGCGAGCAGCUUGUGCCUGCAACCCGAAUUCUGGGAAGGACGCGAGCAGGAGGGCUCUCGCCCAGUGAGCCCGAUGGCCUUCUUCGCCGCGAGCGCCUUCAUGCGCCUGCCUCCGCACGUGCUCACCACGGCGGCCUCCGGCCUCGAAGACAUGCUGCUUCGCGAAGGCGCACGAGGCCGGAAGUGGUACCGCGGGCUUGUUGGCGACGCCAGUCUCGUUGCGAUCGAGGCCUCUCUCGGACACAUCCUCCGCCGAAACGUGUCCUGGCACAGCUCGCAAGCGCUGAUUCAGGGCGCGUCGCCGUGGCGGGCUGAGGCGAUCGCGCGCUUCUUCCUGGCGUUCUGGCCCGCGGACUCGCCCUACCCACGGACGGAGUUCGACUCGGAGGUCUUGGCUGAGGAGUUUGUCCGGUUCUCGCGCGCCGCCGGCAUUGUCGGGGAUGUGAGCGACAUUGGCGUUUUCCGCGUGAUCAAAGCGGUGCUCGCCAGUGGCAGUGCCGGCGACGACGCUGCCCCGUGGGCGCCUGAGCCCAAAGCGGCAUGGGUCGCCAGCCUGCUUCUCUUCCCGACCCCGCCUCGCGCCGUUGACCCGGCUCUCACCUUUUCGCUCGCGGACGUUCUGCCGCUCGGCGCGAGCCUCGGCCUCAAAGGCGACGACUCCGAGGCGCUGGAGAAGCUGGUGCGCGAGCUCGGCCAGAGCUGCGACGUCCCGCGCGCGGCAGACGCGCAGCAAGCGCCGUCGCCGCCCCUCUCGGAGCACGACGCGGACCUCGUCGAGCCGCCUCCGCCACUCGAGUUCACCUGCCUGCCGUACGCUGGUUCCAGCGUCGCGCUGUGA